CUCGGCACUGCAAUGCAGCGCUGUGCAUUUGGCCAAGUCAUGCCACACUCACACACAUGCACUGAUCUGUGUGUGAGACGACACAUACUGUGUGUGUGUGUGUGUGUGUGUUGGAGUGUGUGUCAACCUUGCAGUGUUUUGGUCUCUGCAGCAAUGAGCUGUGAUGUUUCUCUCCUCAGCCUCUGCAGGGCAGUUAGCCGCAUUAGCUCCCUGCCUGUCCUCAGAUGACUCCUCCUCCUCCUCCUCUUCCUCCUCGGCUGUCUGCUGUAUCCCUGCCUCCCCCCUCCCCCUGUGACACACCAGACGAUGCAUUGACUGAACGAAGGAGAAGAAGAAAACCUCUCCCAGCCAGCCGUCCUGCCUGCUGCAUGGAGAAGGAAAGGAGGAAGAGGAGCAGAAGGAGCUCUUUCUCUCUUCUUUUCAUGAUCCACCUCCUCCUGCUUCCCACCAGCUCUGCAGCUAAGACCUGAACCUUCCUCAGCUUUGACCCCAUGGAUCUGAAACAUCUUUCUGGAAUCUUCUGCAGCAUUCCCAACACCUAAUCGCCUCACGGUCUUGAGCCCCUCGUCUACCUUCGCUCCCAGUUGUCCUCCAGACUGACGGCCUCCAUCAUGACUGAGGGGUUGCUGCAGGUGGAGAUUCCUGACUUUGGCAGCAGCGUGCUGGGCAGCCUGAAUGAGCAGCGACUGCUUGGUCAUUACUGUGACGUCUCCAUCCUGGUUCAGGGUCAGUCCUUUAAGGCGCAUCGGGCCGUCCUUGCAGCCUCCUCACUCUACUUUAGAGACCUAUUCAGUUCUGUAGCUGAUCCCUCUUCCUCUUCGUCCUCAUCGUCCUCCUCCCAAGCAGUAUUUGAGCUUCCGUCGUCAGUGACGCCAACAUGUUUCCAGCAGAUUCUGUCCUUCUGCUACACUGGGCGCCUCAGUAUGGCAGCCAGCGAACAGCUGGUGCUCAUGUACACCGCCGGCUACCUCCAAAUCCAGAACAUUGUGGAGCGAGGCAUGGAGCUGAUGAUGAUGAAGGCGCCCUCCUCUUCCUCUCCUUUAUGCUGUGACUCUCAGACAACUUCAGCGGAUGAGCUUGGGGGGUUUGAUGCCCCUGUGGUGCAGCAGCACAGUUCCCCCCAGCUGCAGGAGGUCAGUCCUGCCCGGCCGUCUCUGAGCACGGAGGAGCUGCUGCUGGCCGUCAGCAGGAUCAAACAGGAGAGAUCCGACACUCCUCCGGCCGAGGAGAAUGGAAGAGGAGGAGAAGGGGCCAGAGUGGACAUGGUGGGGGAGCUGCAGUCCUCCAGGAGCAGCACUCUGUGUUUCCUGAGUGCAGGUGGAGGUUUGGUUCCAGGGCUGCAGUCAUACCUACUGGCAGGUGGGGGGCGCUCCAGUCCUGGAGGAUCCAGCAUUCCCACUGACUCACCUCCCUCUCAACCCCCAACUGAGGAGGAGCUGGAGGAGGAUUACUAUGGCAACACAGUUCAUCCUGGACUCUACCAACACAUCUAUAGUCACACUGGAAACCCCUACAUUCAAGAAAAGCUGGAGCUGCUGCCCCUUCCACUGGCUAACGAGCGUCGGCCCUGUGUGCUGGUUGGCCGGGACAACAUGGCCCUGCCCGCCAGUCUGAUUAGUCAGAUCGGGUACCGCUGCCAUCCUUCGCUUUACACAGAAGGUGAUCCCGGAGAGAAGGUGGAGUUGGUGGCAGGUUCAAGUGUGUACAUGACACGAGGUCAGCUGAUGAACUGCCACCUUUGUGCUGGCGUCAAACACAAGGUGCUGCUCAGGAGGCUGCUGGCCACCUUCUUCGACAGAAACACUCUGGCCAAUAGCUGUGGAACAGGGAUCCGCUCCUCCACCAAUGAUCCGAGUCGGAAGCCUCUGGACAACCGAGUGUUAAACACGGUUAAAUUGUACUGUCAGAACUUUGCUCCAAACUUCAAGGAAAGUGAGAUGAACGUCAUUGCCGCUGACAUGUGCACAAAUGCCCGCAGAGUUCGUAAACGCUGGCUCCCAAAGAUCCAGUCGCUCCUCCCUGAUGGCCUCCCCUCCUCAGCAUCAUCCCACUCCCGUAAGGGUAAGAGAGGAGGAGGAGGAGGAGGAGGAGGAGGAGAUCGGGCCGAUGGCAGCCCCUUUGAGCUAGACUUGCGGCAGCUCAGCACCUCCUAUCUCGGCCUGGAGGCUCCACUGUAUAUGGAGCGUCGUGAGAGGGAGGCGGCGGAAAAUAAGGAGAAGGAGACCCACCUGCCUCACCUGCAGUUUGCUGGGUCCCGUGGAGGAGAUGGUAGGCAGGAUGAGGAGGUCCUGAUGGGAGGUGAGGCAGAUGGUGAGGGGAGGCAACAGACUGAACAACCCCCAGACCUCCCCCUUUCCCUGUCGUCCUCCAUGUCCUCCUCCUCUUCCUCCUCCUCCUCCUCCUCACACCCCUCCCCUCAGCCUGCAGAGCCUGCCCCCCCUCACAGGGGAUUGGUUGACACAAGUAUGAGGAGGGAGGAGCCUACGGAAGACAGCCAAUAAGCAUUCUAAUGCAUCUACCUACUUGUCUGUAAAUAAAACAAUAGCUACCUGGCACUACCACUUCCCAGUUCACCUCCCAGUUUACCUCUCUGUCUCUCAAUCUUGUCCGCCAAUCUGUCUGUCCACUUGUUGUCUUCCUGUUAGGUCACUUAUCUAUACACUUGUCCCACUUUCCCUACCUAAAAUCUGUCCUUCUUUCUAUCUCUCUGGUCUUUUGUUUGUCCUUCAAACUGUACUUCCCUCUACCUCACUAUCUUUACACCUGUCUCCCCCACUCCCUCACUUCCUGCCCACCUGUCUUUCCCUCCACCUGACUUCUGCCCACCUGUCUUUCCCUCCAAAUUACUUCCUGCCCGCCUGUCUUCACCUCUACCUCACUUCCUGCCCACCUGUCUUUUCCUCCAAAUCACUUUCUCCCCACCUGUCUUUCCCUCCACCUAACUUCCUGCCCACCUGUCUUUCCCACCAAAUCACUUCCUGCCCACCUGUCUUUCCGUCCAAAUUACUUCCUGCCCACCUGUCUUUCCCUCCACCUGACUUCCUGCCCACCUGUCUUUCCCUCCAAAUCACUUCCUGCCCACCUGUCUUUCCGUCCAAAUUACUUCCUGCCCACCUGUCUUUCCCUCCACCUGACUUCCUGCCCACCUGUCUUUCCAUCCAAAUUACUUCCUGCCCACCUGUCUUUCCCUCCAAAUCACUUCCUGCCCACCUGUAUUUCCAUCCAAAUCACUUCCUGCCCAGCUGUCUUUCCUUCUACCUCACUUCCUGCCUGCCUGUCUACCUCUCUGCUCCUGUCUGUCCACCUGUCUGUCUGCUUGGCUCUGCUGCAUGUUGACAGCCUUCUGCAGUCCAACACACAGGCCCAUAGCAACAGGACUGAUGAAGAUGAUGAUGACUAUACUCUCGCUGAUGAUGACAAUAAAGCUUGUUUAUGAUCAGGUU